GGUCAUAGAAGUGGAAUUGCCACUGAGGAGGCCGUCGCCAUUCUCCUAGAUGAGGAAAUUGACAGGACGCAAGUUGCUCGUGCAGUUCCUACAUCCGUGUCUAAGAAUACGUUAUUCAUUGUCGAUUUAGAAUCGCCUCAUGUUAAGAGCUUGAGAACCCUUUUGGCCGACGACCUUGGUUCGUGGAAAGCAACUGGCACCAAGACGUCUUACUUCAGAGAGCCAACAAAAUCGAUUCCACUGACGAAAGUCACCGAUACCUUGUUCGGCGUAUACCGUUGCACCCGUUCAUACUAUCGCAAUACGAGUGAACCAGAAUUGCUGCGAGUAAUAAUAUCUUUAAAAGGUAGGUAAUUAGAGUACAUUAUAUUAUAAAAUCCUCGUCAGUUCUCUACAAAAUAAGGAAUUUCCCAAUUUCCCUAACUGUCAUAAUUGCCAAGAACUUGCAGCAUGCAAUCCAUAAGCAGUGGUUGAUGCAACCGCCUCACAUAACCAUGUUUUUUUCAAAAAAUGAUUAAAAUUUCUGGUCUACUUUCCUCAAAAGAACCAAGUAUAACUACUUAAGGUAGAAUUCGUUCUCUUUAAGGUGGUGAUGGAAGGCAGCACAGUAUGGCCUUGCUCCAGUAUGUGUUCAAUGGUGCGGAGAGGGAAGUUAAGGUCAAGCCUCAUGGAAACGCCAAAAACAGCAAGCCAUAUUAUCGCACUUCGGAAUUAACCAAGAACCGGCUGGAGGAACUUGCUAAAAAACAUCCCCCAAAGGAAGCUUUCCAUAAGAGCCUUGAAGAAAGUGGUGGAAUUUUGAAGAUAACAUCUGCGGGUGGUCAUGCACGUAAUGUGAGGCAGUUGACCAACAUAAAGCAAAAGAGUCAAGAAAGUGCAGAAGACGAUUUAGUGGAGCUGUUGCAAAUGUUGAAAGAAGAUGCCAGAGAUCCAGACACUGCUUUCGUGAGGAAAGUUGACAACUCUUCCGACCCUUGCGUAGUACUUGCCUCCAACCAACAACUGCUAGAUGUUGAACGGUUUUGCACUAAUCCAGCUAAAUUUAGCGUUCUGGGUGUGGAUGCCACAUUCAACUUCGGGAGGUUCUACGUAACUUUGACAACAUACCGUCACUUGCUGCUUUGGACCAAAGAAAACUGCCAUCCGGUUAGAAUUGGCCCCACAUUACUCCACCACAGAAAGGAGGCGGGCAGUUACUAG